UGAUAUAAUUAACGAUAAAAAGCAUAAAAACAGUGAAUCAUUAAAAUCAUUGACUUUAUUAUAACAACUAUAGUGUCGAUGUUUAGCGGCUUUUGUUAAAUACAUUAUUAAAUAUGCAAUUUAUAUUGAAUUUACAUUUAUUUAAUAAACAUAUUUAUAGUUAUUUAGCAAUUUGUUUAUCAAUUGUGGCCAAUGUUUUGACACAAAAUGAUUUUGAAGCCAAAGGUAUUUACGCCAAGAAAGAGCACUCUUUGGUCAAACCAUAUCAGGGUACUGGUAUGACAAUCCCCAAUUGGGACUUUUUCGGCAGUACAAUGGUUACGACCAGUUUUAUUAGGAUUACACCCGACUUACAGAGCAGACAGGGAGGCCUCUGGAAUAAGAGUCCGUAUUCAUUCCGCAAUUGGGAAACACAAAUUCACUUUAAGGUUAGCGGACACGGAAAAGAUUUAUACGGAGACGGAAUGGCUUUUUGGUAUACUAGAGAUCCUCUUAAACCGGGACCGGUGUUUGGUAACGCUGACCCAUUUGUUGGUUUGAGUGUAUUUUUGGAUACCUAUGCCAAUCAAAACGGAAUCCAUAGUCACGGACAUCCCUACAUCUCAGCGAUGGUAAACAACGGAUCAAAUCAUUACGAUCACGACAGAGAUGGCACACAUUCAGAGUUAGCCGGAUGUGAGUCAAAGUUCAGGGGUGUAGAUGAGGACACGUUUAUUGCCAUCAGAUAUGAAAACGAUAUAUUAACUGUCAGUACAAAUAUUGAUGGAAAUAAUGAAUGGAAGGAAUGUUUUAGUGUUAAAGGCGUCCGAUUGCCGACUGGUUAUCACUUUGGUGUGACAGCAGCUACCGGUGAUCUCAGUGAUAAUCACGACAUUGUCUCAAUCAAGACUUACGAGUUAGAAGUGCCAUCAGUUAUGAAUCCAUUAGAGGAUCGUUCGCAAAUCAUUCCGUCCGCCUCUAUAUUUGCUUCCCCAAGAGAUCACACACCAGAUCCGCCGCCACCUAUGUCUGGCUUCAAGCUUUUCCUUAUAAUAUUGUGUGCCAUCAUUGGUGUUAUUGUCUGUGUUGUCGUCGGAAUUAUGGUGUUCCAGAAGAAUCAGGAGAAUUCACGCAAAAGGUUUUAUUAAGUGACUGAUUGUGAGAUAAGUGAUCAUAACAUUAGACAUAAUAUUUAAUUUCAAAUGAUUUGCAAUAUCAUCGAAGAGUUUUAUCUUUUGUUUUAUAUUGUAGUCUAUGUUUUCCCAUUUCAAAAGUCAUUGUAAAGCUAUUCCCAACAGUAAUUAUUUUCAAUUGUUUUUAUUUGAAAUAUAAAUUAUAUACAAACUUACAUUUUAUUCUAAUUAUUAAUAUA